CGGGCUUCUCGGUAUCUCUUCGCUGUUAUUCGUCGCAUCCCACUCAAAGAUGCAUUUGGUGCCAAGAGAGCUCGACAAGCUCGUCAUCACCCAGCUUGGCCACCUUGCGCAACGUCGCCUGGCACGCGGCGUCAAACUGAACCACAGUGAAGCCACGGCGCUCAUCACCUGCGUGCUGCAGGAGCUGAUUCGCGAUGGCGCCCAUACCGUCUCUGACUUGAUGUCGCUCGGUGCGACCAUGCUGGGCCGUCGCCACGUCAUGCCCAGUGUCUGCUCCACGCUGCACGAGAUCCAGGUCGAGGGUACCUUUCCCUCGGGCACCUACCUCGUCACGGUGCACAACCCCAUCGCCACGGACGACGGGGACCUGACGCGCGCGCUGUACGGGAGCUUCCUGCCCGUCCCGGACGCAGAUCUGUUCUCAAUGCCCGAACCCGAGGCCUAUGAGCCCGAGGUGCAGCCCGGCGCUGUAGUCGCGGUCAAGGGCGUCGUUGAGCUCAACAAGGGCCGGAGGAGGCGGAGGUUGAGGGUUGUCAGCAAGGGGGACAGGCCGGUGCAGGUGGGUAGCCACUAUCACUUUGUCGAGGCGAAUGCGCAGCUCGAGUUUGACCGCGGCAAGGCUUAUGGCUUCCGCCUCGACAUUCCCGCCGGCACGUCGGUCCGUUUCGAGCCCGGCGAUGCCAAGACGGUCACAAUCGUCGAGAUCGGCGGCUCCAAGACCAUCCGUGGCGGGAACUGGCUUGCGAACGGAGAUGUGGACUACUCACGCGUGGAGGAGUUUAUCCAAAGCUGUCAAAGUCAAGGAUUCGCGCACGUCCCGGCGCCCAUCUGGGACGAUGAGGACGUCAAGGGCUUCACGCUUGAGAGGAACGCCUACGUAACCAUGUUCGGCCCCACCACCGGCGACAGAGUCCGCCUGGGAAUGACGGACCUCUGGAUCGAGGUGGAGCGCGACAUGACGGUCUAUGGGGACGAGUGUAAAUUUGGUGGUGGCAAGACUCUGCGUGAAGGCAUGGGCCAGGCGUCUGGGCGAUCCGAUGCAGAAACUCUGGACAUGGUGGUCACUAACGCGCUCAUCCUGGAUUGGAGUGGUAUCUACAAGGCCGACAUCGGCGUCAAGAAUGGUAUGGUUGUAGCCAUCGGCAAGGCUGGAAAUCCUGACGUCAUGGAUGGCAUCUCUGAAGGCAUGGUCGUUGGAAGUUGUACCGAUGUUGUUGCUGGCGAGGGCAAGAUCAUCACAGCUGGUGGAAUCGACACUCACAUCCACUUCAUAUGUCCGCAACAAGCAGACGAGGCGUUGGCUGCUGGUGUCACCACCUUCCUGGGCGGCGGAACGGGGCCGAGUGCUGGAACCAACGCAACGACGUGUACCCCCGGCAGACACUAUACAAAACAGAUGCUCCAGGCAGCUGAUACGCUUCCUCUCAACAUCGGAAUAACAGGCAAGGGCAACGAUAGCGGCCUGCCUGGCCUGCGGGACCAGGUCAUUGCUGGACAAUGCGGUCUCAAGAUCCACGAGGACUGGGGAUCAACACCAGCGGCCAUCGAUGCCUGUCUCUCGGUGUGCGAAGAGUUCGACGUUCAGUGCAUGAUCCACACCGAUACGCUCAACGAGAGUGGCUUUGUUGAAGCCACAGUCGCCGCCUUCAAGGGACGGACAAUUCACACGUACCACACCGAAGGCGCGGGCGGCGGCCACGCUCCCGACAUCAUCAGGGUCGUGGAACAUGACAAUGUUCUACCCAGCAGCACGAAUCCGACCCGCCCAUUCACGCGGAACACGCUGGACGAGCACCUCGACAUGCUGAUGGUGUGCCACCAUCUCUCCCGGGACAUCCCUGAGGACGUGGCUUUUGCCGAGUCGCGCAUCCGGGCCGAGACCAUCGCCGCCGAAGACGUGCUGCACGACCUGGGAGCCAUCAGCAUGAUGUCAUCCGACAGCCAGGCCAUGGGCCGCGUCGGCGAGGUCGUGCUGAGGACCUGGAACACGGCGCACAAGAACAAGGUGCAGAGGGGCCGGCUGCCCGAGGACGAGGCCAACGGCAACGACAACUGCCGGGCCAAGAGGUACGUCAGCAAGUACACCAUCAACCCGGCCCUGGCCCAGGGCAUGUCGCACCUGAUAGGGAGUGUCGAGGUCGGUAAGCUGGCGGACCUGGUGGUGUGGGAUCCCGCGUGGUUCGGCACCAAGCCGAGCCUGGUCAUCAAGUCGGGCCUGAUCGCCUGCGCCAUGAUGGGCGACCCCAACGCCAGCAUCCCCACAAUCCAACCCAUAGUCGCGAGGCCCAUGUUUGCGCCCCGCGUGCCGCAGACCUCGGUCCUGUUCGUCUCGCAGGCCAGCAUAGACCAUGGCGUUGUGCAGACGUACGGGCUUCAGAAGCGCAUCGAGCCCGUCAAGGGCUGCAGGAGCGUGGGCAAGAAGGACAUGAAGCACAAUGCCGUUAUGCCGCGGAUGAAGGUCGAUGCCGAGACGUAUACGGUGGAGGCGGAUGGGGUUGUUUGCACGGCCCAGCCCAGUGACGAACUACCUUUGACGCAGCAGUAUUUUGUAUAUUGAGUCGUGGAGGAUCUUCUCCUGUGUAUAUAUGUCAAUGGCAUGGAGAACGAGUAGCCAGGGCUGGAAGAAGUUCUUUUUUUUUUUUCACCGCAUAAACAACUUGGCAUGUGGCACUGAUGCUGCCUGAAACUGGUCAAAAAACUUGAGGAUGUCUAGAUAAUCAUUUAAUGUGCCAAUCAAGCCUAGAGAAUCUCUUUUUCUUCGAGACCUGUUAAACCACCCCGUCAUUGUCUCAUACAUUAAAAACAAGGACAGCAAUAACCAGCAGAAACCCAC